UCGCAUAUUCGCGAUUAAAAGUUCGAAUAACGCGGAUCGUCCUCGGAGCACUCUUUUGCAGAUAUUUUGUCUUGUGCAUUAACGUAUUCGUAUCGGAACGUUUAUAGGUAAAAUUAGGAUACGUUCGCGAUAGGGGAUAAACAAACUCUGUGCGAGAUACAGUCAAGUCUGGUUAAGUUACCACUGAUUUAGUUAACAAUGGAUAAACCGAUAGUUUCUGUAAAACUAGGUAGAGUACAAGGUAUAGGCGUCGAAAGUGUCCUAGGUUCUUUUUACAUCGCUUUUUAUGAGAUACCUUACGGGAUUCCGCCCAUCGGAGAACGCAGAUUUAAGGAUCCAGAGCCACCACUUUUGUGGAUGAGUAUUAAAGAUUGUACUGUACCCACCGGAAAAAUAUGUAUUCAAGCAGGGGAAUCACCACCCUACAAAGUAAUUGGAAGCGAGGAUUGUCUUUACCUCAACGUUUACACCAAAUCCGUGAGUCAAUCGAAGCCAGUUAUGUUUUGGAUCCACGGGAAUGGUUUCACGUCGGGGAACGCUGGUUUCGAUGCCGCGAGGCCUGAUUACUUGCUCGAGAAAGAUGUCGUUGUUGUUACAGCUAAUUACAGACUGGGUGCAUUCGGUUUCUUAAAUCUUGAUCAUCGAGCUGCACCUGGGAACAUCGGCCUGAAAGACCUAAUCGCAGCUUUGGAGUGGGUCAGGGACAAUAUUGCCAAUUUCGGAGGGGAUCCAAAAAACGUCACGAUUUUUGGUCAAAACACAGGAGGAGUAUUAGCUCAUGCCUUAACUUUGUCGCCGAAAGCGGAAGGGCUCUUUCACAAAGCGAUCAUCCAAAGUGGAACUAUGACGUCUAGCUGGGCUACUAAACAAAGUCGUCCAGCUCGCGGUAGGAAGCUUGCAUCUCUCCUUGGAAUAAACGCUACCGACCCCGAGGAAAUUAUUGAAAAGAUGCGCAAGCUGCCUGCUAAGGAAAUCGCCAAGAUGCAGAAUCGUAUUCUCACAAAACAGGAGGCAGGCAUGUUCGACCUACCCUUUGGAAUAAAUUGCGACGAGGUAGCGGUAAACCCUGUGUUACCAUUGCCACUUCAUUAUUUAUGGGCACACGACAGUGCUGUUCCAAUUAUGGCAGGAUACACGUCGGGCGAAUCCAUCAUGUUUUUCAAUGAUAAUAAAAAGGAAGCAGUGGAUAACUACAAUCGUAAUCUACCCGAGUACACGAAACUCUUAAGUGGGUUCAAAGAGUUAACACCCGCGGAAAACGAUGAUUUAUUAAAAGACGUCAAGAAUCGAUACUUUGAUGGACAAGCAAUUAGCAGGGAUAAAGUGGACUCGUUUCUGCGUUUGAUGACUGACAUCUACAUUGGCAUUCCCACCAAGUUAUUCAUUGAAGAUCGUGUAAAAAGGACAUCCAUGUAUACUUACUUUUACAGAUUCAAGUAUGUCGGAAAUGAAAAAUCGUUGAAGGAACUCCGAUCGAAACGUCUAGUCAAUGAGGCAACUAAUGGGGACGAACUGCCGUAUCUGUUCUACUUGCCUUCGUGCAAAGUUGACAAUCCUGAACCACCAGCUAUUGGCACGAAAGAUAGAGUUGUUAUGGAGCGUAUGACAACCAUGUGGACCAAUUUCGCUAAGACAGGGCAUCCAGCACUACGAAGGAAUGAUUUAAUCAAGACCGCUUGGAAAGUUGCGACUAAGAAUGAGUUGAAUAUUUUAGAAAUUGGCGAAGAGUGUGAGUUGAUAGUCACGGAACCGCACGUGUUAACCACCAAGGAAAAGUUCACUAUCACUGCAGAAUCGAACGAAGAAAUUAUAAAUACGUCAGAGUAAAUUACAUGCACCGCUGAAUGGGUAAUGGCAGGCAUACCUUCCGUGUGUGUAUACAAAUUGCUGAUUGAGAGAUUGUCAGUAAUAUAUAUAUAUAUAUAUAUAUUAUACAAUGAGCAAUUAGACAAUGAGCAAUUUGUAUACACACACGGAAGGUAUGCCGUAUUAUAUAUAUACAGGGUGUCCCAGAAUUAGUGUAAGAACCGUAAAUGGGGGGUAGCUGAGAUGAUUCUGAACCACAAUUUCCUUUGCAAAAAUGUCGGAUGGUGCUUCGUUUUUCGUUAAUAAUUCAAAAACGAAACACCAUUCGAUAUUUUUGCAAAGGAAAUUGUGGUUCAGAAUCGUCUCAGCUACCCCUCAUUUACGAUUCUUACAUUAAUUAUAGGACACCCUGUAUAUAUAUAUAUAUAUUUCAUGCGGUGAUUCUGCAGGCUAAAGAAAGACAGAAACAAAAAAUUAUGAAAAUACAUUUGAGACGUUAAAAUUUCAUAAAAUUUUGCCUUUAUUAUAGGAGAUACAGAAGAAGUUUAUUUAACAUCUUUGUGUAAAAUUUAAAUCUUCUUGAGAUAUAUUCCAAACGUUUUAAAAUGUGUGCACAAAUUACGAAUAUAUGAAAAAAAAAAAGCAAAAGACUACAAGUAGUAACCAUCAUGGGACUCAUAGAAGAAGAUAUAAAAAAAAUCUUUGUUUUAUAAUAGCAUGUAUUUAAUAAUACCUUUGACAAAAGCUGGUCAAGAAUUCCAGGCUAUGGUAGUGAUAACCUAAUAAAGUUGAUGCUCUCCGUG